AUGUGCUUCGGCUGGAGCUUCAAUACGAAACAAUGCGGAAGUAUCGAGGCAUCGGAGCUGUUGCACGUCCUGGUGCCCUAUGCCAAGCGGACGCAACCAGAUGAUGAUCUGGAGGAGAUCAUCAGGUUGGACAAGAUGCCCUAUGAUACUCCGAUGGAGCUUGUGGACGAUGUGAAGGUGCAGUUCAUAUUGCAGCGUGAUGGCAUUCAGCUCCAGGAAAUGCCCCGUGUCGUACAAUCUCAUCCGAAGUACGUUGAGGCUGCGGUUCGCCAGAAUGGUCUGGCCAUCGCUUUCGCCGACCCAGAGCUUCAGGUCAACCUGCCGAUCGUGGAGGCCGCCUUGGCUCAGUCUGGGGAGGUCUUGGAACUCCUGAGUGACGACUUGCGGAUGCAAGAGGAUAUUGUUUUACAAGCUGUGCAGCAGAGCGGCCGCAGCCUUCGGUUUGCUGCUGCCGAGCUGCGAGCCGACCCGGAUCUUUGCAUGGAGGCUGUAGCCCAGAAUUGGCAAGCGAUCGAGUACUGUGAUCCUGUGCUGUACACAGAUCGUGAGUUCAUGCUCAAGGCGAUCGCUUCGAGCUGGCGUUGCCUAUCCUUCGCCCAUCCGGACAUCUGCAACGACAGGGCGGUAGUGCAGCUUGCGCUCAGGCAGAGCUGGCUGGCCCUGGCGCACGCCUCCGAGAUCCUGCGUGGGGACCGCAGCCUGUUGGAGGAGGCCUUGGACCGUGGCACGUGGCAGGUCAUGCUCCAUGCAGACCCCGCGCUUCAAAAUGAUCGCGACCUCGUGCUGAAAGCUCUACGAUCAUCUGGCUUCGCACUGCAAUGUGCAUCGCCGAAGCUUCAAGAUGAUGACGAACUCGUAAGGGAGGCCUCGCAACGCGAGCCAUUGGCACUUGAGCAUGCCUCCGAGCGCCUGCGCGAUCGCGAGGACUUGAUCCUGGCCGCUGUGCGCAUGGAUCGGUGUGCGCUGAGUUGCGCCACAGACCGGCUCAGAGGGGACUUCGACUUCAUCAUGAAGUGUGUGCAAAUUAAUGGCAUGGCGGUGGAGUAUGCCUCUGAUGCUCUUCGGGCUGCCUGGCUCCAUCGGGCUCUACUCUCCGCUAGUAUUGAUAGCUGUUCUGAGAUGCUCUCUCUCCUGAAGGCAAAUGAGGACAUCUUGAUGGCCGCAGUCAGCCCUGCUCCCAGUGCCACUAUUGCAGCUAUGGUGUGCCCUUGGGUGGUGUCGGGUCAGAACUGUGCUGUGCUGAGAACAAGACUGGCGGGCUGUGAACUUCGCGCCGUCGGACUUGCAGAGCAAGCUGACCUAACAGACUGGUGUGGACCACGUGUCCAGUUUGACAGUCCAGCUCUGGAUGGCAGUGGAGCUAGUUGGCCACGGCUUCAGACAGUCUCAACCUGUUCUGCAGCUCCGUCUCUGACCUUUGACUAUUCAGCUGUUGCCACGAAGGCGUACUGGCUCACAUCCCAGCCUCCGGCGGAAGAAGCUCGAUGCCAGCUACGGCCGGCAACUCUGUUUUUUGCCUUGUUCAUGUACAUGUCGAUGUGUCAACUAAAUGCAGACGACGACGACGACGACGACGACGACGACGACGACCGCGACCGCGACCGCGACGACGACGACGACGACGACGACGACGACGACGACGACGACGACGACGACGACGACGACGACGACGACGACGACGACGACGACGACGACGACGACCGUGGCAACACGUGGCAACGCGACUGCUCGAUCUCAGCUGGGGCAGGAUCUGUUCUGCAGCACUUUGUUCAUUUGUCACUUCUUCCCGACCCCGAUCUUCACAUUUUUCGGUCCAGCCACUUCCGGAAGAAGGAAUUCGGCACGAGUACAUGUUGGUACGAGCAGGAGGGCAACAGCUCGCAGUUGACGCAAGUGGUUUGCACUGAAGAGAUUGGCCGAGCGAUUCGGAAAGUGGGGCAUCAGUCAUGCCUGUCGCCACUCUGGCUCGAAAACUGCAAGGCUGUAGGCAUGGCAAAACAGGGAUGGAUCUCGCGAGCUUUGUCGACAGUUACAUCCAGAAGUAGGAAGAAGACCAGCUCGUGUGCAGACUUCGAGGAUGAGGAGAAGCAGGAGGAUUUCAGCGUCCCUUCGGUGGGAGGUUGUGUGAACAUCCAGCAGCAACUUACUGCCAGAGGAGGUUGCCGCCAUCUCAGCUUGCUCUCAGAUGGUUCGCACUCGCGCAAGCGCGAAGCUUCGCAUGCGUGGCCCAAUGUGGCCCACUUCCAGGUGCUAUUUGAGCCUUCAGCUGAAGAAAUCUUUGCCGACCGCACAGGUACACCUCUUGGGAGCCGCUUGAUCUUCCUCAACACGCCUCUGGCAGAAGCCGAGGUGCAGGCUCUAGCAGCCUUGCGGAAGGAGUGGUGUGCGCGGCGCAACGGCAGAGAUGAUCUCCCGGAGUUCAUCCGCCUCAGCGCCCUGAGGGUGCUUCAGCACAAGAAGUUCGACGUAUCCAGGGCGAUCGACCUCAUACAAACCUGCCUGGAGGAGCGUGUCCGCAGACUGCCGCUUCAGGAGGCAGACAUCUUGCAAGACUUAAGUUGUGGCGCCAUGUAUUGGCAUGGCCGGGACCGCAAGUGCAGGCCCUGCCUGGUCGUCCGAAUUGAGCGAUUUGCUGACCUCAUCAAGGACAAGGAGAGGUGCGUUAGAAUGACGAUCUUUGUCCUGGAGUACGCGAUUCGGUAUGCCAUGGUGCCUGGCCGGGUCGAGAACUGGGUAGUGUUGGUAGACUUCGAGAAUGCAUCGGACGUUGUGUCCUUCUUCCAGCUGCCAGCAAUGUGUCUUACUGCAAAGGCUCUUUCACAGACUCUGGAGAGCGUGUACUGCUGUCGCAUGGUUUGGGUAAAGCUCCUGAAUCUGCCCACCGUCCUCCGCAGCAUAGUUCAGAGCGUCAUACCUGCAGAGAAGAAGAAGAAGGUUUGUGCCAUCGAGGACCCUUCAAAGGAGCUCCUGAAGUACUUUGAGCCUAACCAGCUCGAGGCAACCAUUGAGCCUGGGAACUCGCUGCAUCAUCUUACAGGACGCAAGUUUCACGAGGGCCAGCUUUGGGAUACUGGCGCAGGGGCCUGA